AUGCCCCGCCAAAGGCAACCCGCUCGAUUCUCGAGCGAAGCACCCUCCGAUACCUCGACCUCGACGUCUCCAGACCGCACCGCAGACGAUGACACCGACUUCUUCACAGCGCAAGCGAACGACUCGCAGUCCUCGGUCGGUGUCGCGACUCGAGACACGCACAUCCAGAAUCCCACGCCCAUGUACCUCCCUCCGAUCGGACGCCUCCCACCGGAGAUCCUCAUCGCCAUAUUCGCAAAGCUGAGCUCGCCAUCCGACAUGUUGAGUUGCAUGCAGAGCAUCACGGCGUCGGUGGGCCAGCCGAACAGCUUCUUCCCAUACUCGCAGCUUAUCAGGAGAUUGAACCUCUCCGCUUUGACGGAUGGCGUUAGUGAUGGUACCGUCGUUCCCUUUGCUCAGUGCAACCGGAUCGAGCGUCUCACCCUGACCAACUGCUCUAAGCUCACGGAUAAAGGCGUGUCGGACUUGGUGGAAGGAAAUAGGCAUCUGCAAGCUCUGGAUGUCUCGGAAUUGCGGCAUCUUACGGAUCACACACUGCAGACGGUAGCUAGGAAUUGUUCGCGCCUUCAGGGUCUCAACAUCACUGGAUGUGUUAAUGUAACAGACGACUCCCUAAUCACCGUGUCUCGAAAUUGUCGACAGAUCAAGAGGCUGAAAUUGAACGGGGUCACGCAAGUGACUGACAAGGCCAUCUUGUCGUUUGCCCAGAAUUGCCCAGCCAUCUUGGAGAUUGACCUUCACGACUGCAAACUUGUCACCAACCCUUCGGUGACCUCCCUCAUGACUACGCUUCAGAACCUGCGCGAGUUGCGACUCGCGCAUUGCUCUGAAAUCGACGACUCUGCCUUCUUGGAGCUCCCCCGACACCUGUCGAUGGACAGCCUCCGCAUCCUGGACCUGACGUCAUGUGAGAGCGUCCGGGAUGAUGCAGUCGAGCGUAUCGUCGCCUCAGCUCCUCGCCUCCGGAACUUAGUGCUCGCCAAGUGUCGGUUUAUCACCGAUCGCGCGGUCUGGGCAAUUUGUAAGCUCGGAAAGAACCUCCACUACGUCCAUCUAGGCCACUGCUCCAACAUCACCGAUACUGCUGUGAUCCAAAUGGUCAAGUCUUGCAAUCGAAUCAGAUAUAUUGACCUGGCCUGCUGCACCCGGUUGACGGACGCAAGUGUUCAACAGCUAGCUACGCUGCCCAAGCUACGGAGGAUCGGCUUGGUCAAGUGCCAAUCCAUUACUGAUAAUAGCAUACUCGCCUUGGCAGGAUCCAAGGCUGCGCACCAUUCAGGAGGCGUCAGUAGCUUGGAGCGGGUGCAUCUGAGUUACUGCGUUCGUCUAACAAUUGAAGGGAUCCACUCUCUACUCAAUAGUUGCCCGCGACUGACGCAUCUGAGUCUUACCGGCGUCCAGGCAUUCCUGCGGGAGGAGCUGACCGUCUUCUGUCGCGAGGCACCUCCCGAGUUCACGCACCAACAACGGGACGUAUUCUGCGUGUUCAGCGGGGAGGGGGUCAAUCGGCUGCGCGACUUCUUGAACCGCAUCAUUCCACCUCCGCCGCCGACGCGGGACAUGACCGAGGCUACGAUGUAUGACGAUGACGAAGAGCUUGACGAAGAGGAAAACCAGGUGACGGGCUUGAUGCAUGCGACGGCGGCGACGGCUAUUCACGAUGACGACUAUAUUGACAUUGGACAUACCCAUGCUAUGGGAUGGCGUAGCGACCAUCAGCAUGGACGGCGUAAGGUAGUAGUAAUACAACGUCACCGUCCCCACUACUGCGAAAUCCCCCCCCCCACCGCCUUCAGCACUGGCGCCAUUCCCCUCCGCAUCGCCCGCUGCUAUCUACCUCUAAGAAGCUCGGCUCAGCUCAGCUCAGCUCAGCGCAACGCACCCCGACAUCCGAUGGCUCCUCUCAGGCUAUCGCGAGCCAAUCCCUUGGCCUUCACCCGGUGGCCCGUCACCCUCAUCACCACCGUUGUCUAUCUCGCCUUUGUCAUACCUCUUCUUAUCGUCCACCAUGUCGUCCCGUCUCCUCCGAACUCUAACCCCAAUGGCCUGGACAUCGCCCAAGCCUGGGCCGACCUGCAAGUCCUAACCGACGGCUUCCAUCCCUAUAACUCCCAUCGGAACGAUGACGUUCACGACUGGCUGUUGCGCCGCAUCCAUGAGAUCCUCGACGCCGCCCCCUCGGCCGACGAGUACCGAUCCGUCGAUGAGGAGAAGCCCGAUGCCUUCGUGUUCGAUGAUACGCGCUCGAACCUCACCUUCGUGGGCAACUCCCUCUCAAGCUCCAACACCGCGGUGUACUUCGAGGGCACAAAUAUUCUUGUCUAUGUCCGUGGCUGGGAGGAUGACGAGGAGCGCUGGUGGGAGGAACCCAACGGAGCACCCACGGGCAAGGGAGGAGUGCUGGUCAAUGCACACUACGAUAGUGUAUCGACGGGAUACGGUGCCACCGAUGAUGGUGUCGGCGUCGUGACUUGUCUGCAGCUGAUCAAGUAUUUUAUGACUCCCGGUCAUGCGCCGCGGAAGGGAUUGGUCGUGCUCUUCAAUAAUGGCGAGGAGGACUAUCUGAACGGUGCGCGCGCGUACGGCCAGCAUCCUAUCGCCAAGUUCCCGCAUACUUUUGUGAAUCUGGAGGGUGCUGGCGCGGGGGGUCGUGCAAUUCUAUUUCGCAGCUCCGAUACCGAGGUUACUCGGCCGUAUAUGAGGUCGAAGUAUCCGCUUGGGUCUGUGUUGGCCGCUGAUGGGUUUGCUACGGGGGUUAUUGGCAGUCAGACGGACUACGUGGUGUUUGAGGGAGAUUUGGGUCUGCGUGGGCUGGAUGUCGCCUUUAUGGAGCCGAGGGCCAGGUAUCACACCGACCAGGAUGACUCGAGACAUACCAGCAAGAACUCCCUAUGGCACAUGCUGUCCGCUGCGGUUGCGACCACGGAGGGUCUUGUUUCGGACUCGAGUGAUCAGUUUGAUGGAGCGCCGAAGGAUGAUGCGAAGGUGCCCAGCGGAUCUGGCUCCCGGGCUGUGUGGUUCGAUCUGUUCGGAACUACAUUCGUCGUCUUCCAACUGCAUACGCUGUUUGCACUAUCGGUGACGCUACUCGUCGUAGCACCGCUUACUCUGCUCGGGACUGGUAUUGCGCUCACCCGUGCCGACAAGAUGUAUCUAUUUAGGACAUCAGCCAAGGUAGAGGAUAGCAUUGAGACGGUUCCGCUGCAAGGCCUUCGGGGCUUCUUCCGGUUCCCGUUCCUCUUUGCGAUUCCCACGGCUGUCACCGUUGGUCUGGCAUAUUUGGUGACCAAGGUCAACCCGCUUAUCAUCCACAGCAGCGAAUACGCCGUCUGGAGCAUGAUGCUGUCGGCAUGGACCUUCCUGGCCUGGUUCGUCUCGCGCGUGGCCGACUUUGCUCGUCCCUCGGCACUGCACCGAGUCUACACGCUGACCUGGAUGUUCGUGCUGGCCUGGGUCCUCCUCGUCAUCUCCACCGUCUACGAGAACAAAUGGGGCCUCGCCGGCGGUUACUCCGUCUUCUUUUUCUUCUCCGGCACCUUCGUCGCCACUUGGAUUUCCUAUCUGGAGCUCUUCGCCCUCCCUCGCAAGUCGGAGUACGCGAGCCAGUUCCAACCCACGUCGCGCCGAGCCAGCAGCUACGGGGGCAGUCGCCUCGGCACUGCCUCGGGCGAAGACCAUGACGAAGAGGACCAUGACGCCGAGGAGGAAGAGGAAGAGCCCACCGAAUCGACCUCUCUCCUCGGGGGUGGCCAGCGCACGACCUUCGCCAACUACGUCCGCGUCUCCGGCGACAACCGCGACUCGGACACCGACGAGCAUCACCAUCCGGAUGUCUACCGGCACGAGCAACGCUGGAGCGCCUCACUCCCGAAAUGGACUUGGACGCUGCAGUUCCUCCUCAUUGCCCCCCUGGUGCUCAUCAUGGUCGGUCCUCUAGCCCUCCUCCUGACCAGUGCGCUUCACCAAACCGGCCAAGACGGCGGCUCCUCCCUGUUCAUCUACGUCGCCAUCGCUGCCCUCACCACGCUGCUCUUGACCCCCCUCCUCCCUUUUGUCCACCGGCACACCUACCACAUCCCCGUUUUCCUUCUUCUCAUCUUCCUCGGCACCUUGAUCUACAAUCUCGUCGCCUUCCCUGUCUCCCCCACCCACCGCCUGAAACUCUACUUCAUCCAGGAACUCAACCUCGAGACCGGCGUCACCACCGUCUCCCUCUCCGGCGCCGCACCCUACGUCCGUGAUGCCGCAUCCACCCUCCCCAGCGCCGCCAACCAGAACAUCACCUGCAUCGACCACGUCGUGCGCGGUACCAGAUGCUCCUGGCCGGCGCUCGCCCCGCGCGUUGUCCCCGACACCCCCAUCUCCGACUGGCUGGACUUCACCAUCUCCAACCCUUCUAAAAACGCAGACGACACCGAAAAACCCAACCACGCCCGCAUCACCCUCUCCGGCCGUAACACCCGCGCCUGCAAGAUCCUCUUCGACUCGCCCGUCUCCACCUUCAGCGUCCUCGGCUCCGCCACCGACCCCCGAUUCCCAAUCUCCUCUCCCCUCGGCACCAAAGAAAUCCGCCUCUGGAGUCGCACCUGGGAGAACGAGUGGGUAGUCGAUGUUUCCUGGACUGGAAAUUCCACCUCCACAUCCACACCUAUAACCAACGAAGAAGAAAAAGCCCUCACCGGCCGCGUCGUCUGUCUCUGGAGCGACGCCAACACAGCAGGUCUCAUCCCGGCCCUAGACGAAGUGAAACAGUACGCCCCGGCCUGGGUAGCUGUAACUAAGGGUGCGGAUGGAUUGGUCGAAGGAUCAAAGGGGUUCAGCAUUAAGUAUUAAGCAUUGAGCAUUAAACCUUGAGAGCUGUUUGUCUGUUUAUUUGUUUUGUAUGAUUUUUAUGUGUCCGCCACUCUCUAACAUCAGUCCUUCAUUUAUUGCUGUUUUUUUUGUUAGCUGCUGGCUGGCUCCUAGUUCGAGUCGUUGAUUGAUGCGUUUAUGUGUUGUGAUGAGAUGCGAUGAGACGAGAUUUUAAACUAUCCUAUCCUAUCCUAUCCUAUCCCGGUUUAUCCUAUCCUGGGAUAUGUUAUAUCGUGCUAUGCUUUGCUAUUCUAUCCUAUACAAUGCCGGAUUCUCUAUCCGCAUUAUCUUACCUACCUAUCUACCUGCCUUCUACCUUUCUACUAAGAUACUACUGUCUGUCCCUACCUAUCACUACUCACUCCACUACUACACAACUCCACCACAACCCAGAUAUACAAUCACCAUCCCUAUGCAAGACACAAG